AGGAAGCCGAUGACCAGAGAUGGGAAGGUACUCCCACGGAAAGUAAGCAGAAGUAAAGCCAUAGCCAUGGGACUCAUUCCAGAAGACGAGCACGUGAAAAAAUAUCCCAAAGUGGGGAAGAUAGCCGAAGCCGAUGUUGUCAAGUUCAAGGUGGACUACCUUAGUCGAGGAAUUGUAAAGGCUCUUACACUCUCCUCCGAUGACCUCACCGGUAAGACCACCGAUUUUACCGAAUUUGUCUCUUUUAAACAAUGGGGAACUUUAUACGAUUCCAAAAAUGACUUCACCGUUUAUCCUGAUCUGGUCGCUGAAUUCCUUGCUAAUUUAAUUAUUAAAGAGGAUGUAAUGUCUUCUAGAGUUCAAGAGAAAAAAAUCAUGUUGGAUACUGAAGAUGUGGGACGGAUUCUUAGCGUCCCCAGUGUUGGUGAAUGUGCGUACAAGAAAAACGAUUGGCCCUUAACUACUGUCUCUAAAUCUGGUGCCCUUCGGUAUUUUGACCCUAACAUUACUGGUUCCUCUCUUCACGUUGCCAGUUUAGCCCCUGUUCACAAGCUGUUGUUUUACUUUGUCCACCAGAACCUCGUCCCAAGGCUUGAAGGCCGUUCCUCACCCUCUCAAGCUGAACUAGCUUACAUGUAUCUCUUAGCAACUAAGACUCCAAUUACCUCCCUGGUUUGAUGUUCGCCCACCUCAAUUUCAUCAUUGGCACUAACUCUAGAAAGAAUGGAAUUCCAUACGCCCCCUUCCUUAUGAAAAUCUUCCAAUCUCAGAAAAUCAAUCCUGAUGGUCUCCCCUCUGAAGAUGCCAUCAAGGUUGUAGAUAACAGGUGUCUCAACAACCUGGGCAUUAUGAUCAAGAAUUCCAAGCUGCUGCCCAAAGAAUCUACUCCUUCAUCUUCUGAUCAGAAACCAAAGUCUGGACCUACCCCUGUUCCCUCAAGUGACCCUAUGAUAGUUGUUCCUCCCAUCACCGACCACAUUAAUCUGCUAGAACGCUCUCUUCAGAGCCAAUUCGAUGCCCUUUAAGAGUCCAUUGCUGCUCUGGCUAAAAAGGUGGACACUAGCUGAUUCUCACAGUGCGAUCUACAAAGAUUUCCAAUCGUUCAGGCAGGAGGUAUUGCUAAAAUUUGAGGAACCUGAGGCUAUUCCCAGAACAAUUGUUCCAUCCUCUGAUGAUGAGGAUUCUUAAACGAGUGGGGUCAGGGGUUAAAAUUGCUUAAAACACUCUAUUUUGCUACUGUUUGUUACUUUACUUGUGACACUGUUUUGGUUGGUUCCUGUUUCUUUGGUUGAUGCCAAAAGGGGGAAGCAAUUAGAUGCCAUCAAGGCAUAUUUUGCAAGAAGAAUAUAUUUUGCAGGAAUUCAAGGCACCUAUGGUUUGUCAUCAACAACAAUGGGGAAUUUGUUGAUUAUGUAGUUUUGUUGAUGACCAACCAUGCAGGAACAAGGGAUGAAACUAAUCCAUAUCUAACCAUGCAGGUCUCCCUGGAUUUGGGUUCAUAGGACCCAUAGAUAGAACUAUUAUAGGGUCUAACACAUGAGUGCUUUGAGUUUAUGCAUGCAUGAGUUAC